UGAAACUGUCUUCUGAAAUUCCUAGAAUAGGCUUCAAUUAUUAAAGUUCCAAGGCAUUAAUUUUACACUAUCAUUCAAGAGAAAUAUUUUUAGUAAAGAGAAAAAGGAUGAAAAAAGAAUGGUCCCACACUUAACUAUCACAUGGUAGAAAAAUUUGCACCUCAUAAUAAUACUAAUGACCAUACCAUAGUUUGUGAUAUCAUCUCAAAUAAAUAUGAAUCUAUAACUUAGGUUGGUUUCAUUCUGAAAGUUUACAUUAAGGUGACAGAUAGCUGUGAGUGAUGCUUCAAAAACUUAAAGUCAUUCAUGUAACUGAACUCUCUCUCUCUCUCUCUCUCUCUCUCUCUCUCUCUCUCUCUCUCUCUCUCUACCACAAGAACCAAUGUCUUGAUUUUUAGGUCUUGCUAUACUAGGACCUUGUAACUAUAAAAUAGUGACAUCUUUUUCUACUCAUAUAUAACACAGCAUUUACUGCUACAUUACAUCAUUCACAAACUUCCUCUUUCUUAUUGUUAAACCAAACUUUGAUCACAUAUACAGAAAGAAAAUCAUUGCAUAUUUUCCUACCAUAUGGACCUUCUAAGAUUAGAGCCAUGUUUAUCUAAUAAUUUGAACAUCUCAUUUUCUGAGAAGAGACAAACAGAAAAUGAAGAGAAAAAACAUCUUCUACUGGAUUUAACUCUUCCUAGUAAAGAUUCUUGUGAUGAUGAGUCAAAACAAGAACUCAAUCUCAUAAACUGUUUCGAUACAGAACCGUCCAUGUCGAUGAAUUCAUCAUCGGAAUCAAAUCAUGGUAAUGAAUUAGAGCCAAGGAUUUUCUCAUGCAACUAUUGCCAAAGAAAGUUUUAUAGUUCACAGGCACUUGGUGGACACCAAAAUGCACACAAAAGAGAAAGAACUAUGGCAAAAAGAGGAAACAAAUCUGCGGUUUCGCUAGAUUUUGAACACAGGUACUCAAGUAUGGCUUCUCUACCUUUGCAUGGCUCUUAUAAAAGAUCACCAUCAUCACUUGGAAUUCAGGUGCACUCUUCUAUGAUUCAAAAACCUUCUUAUCAAACACCGUUUUUCGGUUUGUCACGUUACUGUGGUCCAAACCAGUGGCAGAAGCUGCCUAUAUAUUCACAACCAGCAUCAAGGAAUCUUCAUGUUGAGGCAGAAACUGAUGGAUCAUCAUCCUUGACUAGUGCCAUACCUACAAGAUCAGGGAAAUUUUCUCCAAGAAAGGUGCAAAAUGGAUUUGGAGGUUAUAAUGUUACAAGUUUGAAGAAUAAACAAGAGGAGUUGCAGAAGCUUGACUUGUCCCUCAAACUCUAAGUGUUUUUACCAUUCAUGUCAUAUUCAAUAUUGUGUCUUAAAUUUUUGUCUGUUCACUAAAAGCUGAUAUUUUGUUAUAAUGAAUUAAUUCUCCUUUGCUGGUUUAAUGAAAAUUAUUAGAAGUUAAAAUCCAUCACACAAUUCAAAUUUGCUUUGUACACUUUGGAGGAUAUGAAAUUUCAUUGGUUGGUAAUUUUUGUUACAACAUUAGUUGGUAUACUUUGAAACUAAAUGCAGCCAAACUUUCUGCAUACGCACGGUCCGGAAAGGGAGCCUACCAUUUUUGUUGUAUUGUAUGCAGUCUUACCCUAUUUUUACCUUUGCGCCAAGGAUCCCCUUAAUAUCAUUUUCUAUUAAGGUUCAAAAUAAAUUCUGCUCUCAGAAUUGGUAUA